AUUGAAAGAAUUUCUUAUCACAGUCUCGCUUCGUACUGAUAAUACAGCCUGUUGUUUUCCUAUUUCUAUUCAGGAUUUCAGGUUUUGUCUCACGAGUCGUUUCGUUUGAAAAAAGACGCGCUAUUUUUGCGAAUAUUUUCUAAUUAAUCGGUUACUAUUCGCUUUUCGCUAUCGCUACUACUAAGCAAAAGUACUACUCCGUUAGCCGUUGUGUUGUGCAGCAAAUUUGUCAUCCGUCUUAUUAUUAUGCGUGAAUUUGAGCGUUCGCGUGGAGGUGGUGUUGCAUCUGGAAUCUCGAUCGAGUGAAAAGAAAAUCUUGUUGUCAGUAGUCGGCCCUUUGAAAUGGUACAUCAUUUUGCCAGCUCGUCUGCAAGAUGGAUAAAGCCAACGGUAGCAAGUUCACGUUUAAGAAGCAAACAUUCGGCGCCGGAGUGUCCAAGACGUUGCCGAAGCAGUCCAGUAUGGAUUCUUUUCUUAGAAAGCCCAAAGCGUCUAGCAAGUUGACGGCUGAAAAAGAAAAUGGAAAAUUGGUGGUCGCCGCCACACCCGCUCCCGCCGCGGCGGUUGCCAAAACUCCGACGACGAAACCACAACGACAACGUACUCGUACUAUCGCCAGAUUAGAUUUAAUGCAGACGCAAGACGACGACGACGACGACGUUCUCAUCAAGCCUUCGAAUCUUCCGAGCUACAAAGAGCAAGAUAUUGACGAGCUUUUCGACGAUGCGGAUGUAAAACCACCACGUAACGACUGUUUCGCUGAAAAGCAGGCCACUUUGACCGCUUCGCAGGACUCGCAGUGGCCGUACGAUUCGUCGGCAACGUUGACGUGCGCCGAACGUAGUCCGGUCUUGACGAACAAGAGAAAAUCGAAAAAAUUUGGAAAAAUCUAUCAGGAUAUGGAUUUCGAAUUCGAUUACAGCGACUGGUCGGAAAAGAGGAAAACUGAUUCGACGCCGGUUCCGUUGAAAACGCGCCGCGCAUCUCCCACCUUCGAAUCUCUGCUCGACAUUUCAAACGACGACGAAAAAGAUACGGCGGCGACGACGACGCUGAAAAACACGUCGAUCGCGAAUAAGAAAUCGUCUAAGACAAUCGACGAAUUCGAUCUGGAUCUGGAUAUUACCGACGAGCACGACGGUGGUGGUGGUGGUGGUGGCGGCGGUGGGGUGAUUUGUCGAACGCCUAACAAGCGUGCCGAAUCUCCGGAUCUAUUCGAGCCUAGUCCCGAAUGCAAAGCCGCCAGGUCGCAAAUAUUUUCGAAAAAUUUCUGCCUACUGCGACAUCCGAAAUCGCCCACCAAGUCGGAUUCGACGCCGCAAUCGACAAUCUCGUCCGUCGACGACGCUUUCGCCGUGCCGAAGCGAGUCUCCGUUGCGCCGCUGCCGUCGCCGCUGCCUCCUUCGCCAUCGUCGAUACCGCCAUCACCGCCGUCCAACGCCACCGAGAGGCCGACCAAUUCGAAUACACGCGACCGGAAAAAUUCAGAUUCCUUACCCUCCGUGAAGCAGUUCUUGGAAGAAGCUCAAACCGGUUGUUUCGCAAAAUUAAGUAAAAAUAAUUCGUUGUUGCAAGUGGAAUCGAAUUUGGAUGUUUUGCGAAGUUACGAAAGAAAAAUAUUAGACGCGACGUUCGAAUGGUUCACUUCGAUGCCCACGUUUGUCGCCGAACAGAUCGAUUACGUUUUAGACGGUAACCACUUGACCAAGUUGAAAAUGUUCCGAGCUAGAAUUAGCGAAAAAAUCGCCGAAGCCGAAGCCGUCAGUUUGGAGAAAUUCGCGCAGCAUAGUCCGAAAGAUCACGAAAACUAUUGCAGAAUCGAGCAAAAGAUCACCUUUCUUUCGGAAGCGAUGAAAUCGAUAAAAAACGCCGUCGCUUCCAGUCCGAAUAAAAACGUCGGAAACGAUCGCGGCGGCGGCAGCGGCAGCGGCAGCGGCGGAUGUGUGGUUCGUAAAUUGGCGGACGAUAAUUUGGACGAUGAUUUGUUUUCGUCAGACGACAACGACGACGGUGACGGCGACCGCUAUCGAGACGAUUUUCGAAUGGGAAAAUUCGAUCGGAAGGAAAGGUCGAAAAAUCACGUCUACUCGAACGACGAAGGUAAACUGCCAUCGGAGCGGGCGGCGACCAAUCACGCGCCGGUCGCGGUCGCGGCGCUGAAACGAAGUACCUUCGAUUCUACCGAGUUCGAGCGGCUUCCUUCUACGCAAGAUAUCGAUCGAGUUUUCGAUAGCUGGAAAGAUUGCGCGGAUCAAACGUUGCGAGUUAAACGGUCGGAAAAGCGGAAACGCGGCGAAUCGAGUGUCAAGAGAAACGCGUCGCCGCCUGUGCUGUCGAAAUCGCGCGGGAGUGGCGGCGUCGCUAAAACUGGCGACAACCAAACUGUAGAAGGAGGAGGAGAAGAAAGAGGAACAGUUGGUGAAUCUUUAUUCGCCACGGUCAACGGCGGCGGCGUCGGCAGCGGCAGCGGCAGCAACAACUACUACAACGACGACGACGAAGACGACGAUUUUCCCAUUCUUAGCGAUUCGCAGUUACUGAGUUUGGCGGUGAAGAAGAAACGUUCGGCGAGUGACGACCGCGAUACGAUGCAGCAGCGGGCGGAUUUGGUGGCGAAAACUAGCUCGCCGUUUGCCGUGUCCCGCGACGUUUCAAACGGACCAUUGUUGGGCGGCUCGUCGAGUUCGAAAAUCAACCGUCUCCCGGUUAACGCGAAUGAUACGAAUACGAAGUGGUCGGAUCCCGCCGCAGACAGAACGUACUCGAACGACAACAACGACGCGGGUAUCAGGUUUAAUGGAAGUACGGUUACCGCCGCCGCCGGCGGCAGCAGUCGGUCGACGACCAACCAGAAAUUCAAAUUCAAAGCUCCCUGUUUCGGAGGCGUUGGCGGUGGAGAUGUCGCUGGCGACAGUUCUUCGUCCCAAAACCGUAUGCCUGUCGGUCGAGGUGAUGGCGAUCGCCGCCGCAACGAUGAGGCGAUGGCCUGCGCAUCCGUUGUUCGCGCUAAUCAGCGGCCGUCGAUUAACGAAACGUCUCCCGGCGACGACGAUCGUUUGUUCGACGAAUUAUUUCAAAGUCAAACGUUACCCGCGGCGGCCGAUGACGGUGGCCGGCAUCGCUCAGCCCAAGUGCAAGCGCAAGCGCAAGCCCAAGCGUCGUCGUCCCAUUAUCAAGAUUACAUCGGCGAUUACCUGUUCGAAUCGGACGAAGAAAUCGACUUGAGCAUGAUCGAAUCGGCGGUGGCAAACUCGUCGUCGUCGUUGCGAACGAGUAAUGUGACGAAAACACGCGGAGGCGGCGGCGGCGGCGACGGCGACGUUGCCGUUGCCGUUGCCUCGUCGCCGUCAAAAACUGGCGACGCAAAAUGGUCGCACGAUACGAGCGUGGUCGGCAAGUUCGCCAACAGCUUUCCCAACGACGGCAUCACCGGAGAAUUCAGUCGCGACGAUUAUGCGCAUUCGGCCGAAUUGAAUCGAGUAUUUCGAAGUACUUUCGGGCUGCAUAAAUUCAGACCUAUCCAGUUGGAAGCCAUCAACGCGGCCUUGCUACGCUACGAUUGCUUCAUAUUGAUGCCGACCGGGGGAGGCAAAUCUCUGUGCUAUCAACUGCCGGCGUUGUUGACGAGAGGCGUUACCAUAGUUAUAUCGCCGCUCAAGUCUCUAAUCAUCGACCAGACGGAAAAACUGAAAGCGUUGGACAUCGCUGCCGCUCAUCUUCUCGGAGAAACGACCGCCGCCGAGGCGAACAAUAUCUAUAUGGAUUUAUGCCGUAAAGAACCGAAUUUGAAAAUGUUGUACGUGACACCGGAAAAGGUGGCCAGCAGCGUUCAGUUGCAGAAUGUGUUUUGCAAUUUGUACAGUCGUAAAUUAAUAUCUCGAUUCGUGAUCGACGAAGCUCACUGCGUCUCGCAGUGGGGUCACGAUUUCAGGCCGGAUUACAAAAGGCUGUGUUCUCUUCGUCAAAACUAUCCCGACGUUCCUAUCAUGGCUUUGACGGCAACCGCCACCGCUAGAGUGCGUAACGAUAUUCUUCAUCAAUUGAACAUCAAAUCGCCGAAAUGGUUCAUAUCGAGUUUCAAUCGACCAAAUUUGAAAUACCAAGUGGUGACCAAAAAAGGCAACAAAACGGCGCUAGAUGAGAUAAUAAGUUUGAUUAAAAUAAAAUUCGCCAGACAAUCGGGAAUUCUGUACUGCUUGUCGAGGAAGGAGUGCGACAGUACGGCGGAAACGUUGAAAAAAUCCGGCGUAAAAGCCGAAAGUUAUCACGCAGGGUUGAGCGACAAGCAACGAAACGACGUGCAGUCCAAGUGGGUCAGCAACAAAUUUCAGAUUGUUUGCGCUACGAUCGCUUUCGGAAUGGGUAUCGAUAAACCGGAUGUGCGGUUCGUCAUUCAUUUCUCGUUGCCCAAGUCCAUCGAGGGUUACUAUCAAGAAUCAGGCAGAGCCGGCAGAGACGGCAAACUAUCGUGCUGCGUUUUGUACUAUUCGUACGGGGAUGUGCAUCGAAUCAAAAAAUUGAUUCAAAUUGGCGACGGAAAUGCCGAAACGAAAGCGGUACACUACUCGAAUUUGUGGCGUAUAGUGCGAUUUUGCGAAAACAAAACCGACUGCCGACGAAGUCUUCAGCUCAACUAUUUCGGCGAACUGUUCAAGAGAGAGCUUUGCGCAUCGAAUGCGGAUACCAUCUGCGAUAAUUGCUCGCAAAUCAAUUCUUACAAAAUACGCGACGUUACGGAAGAUUGCAAAGCCAUCGUAAAGAGUGUGAGUGAUAUUUGCGGUGGAAUCGACAACGGCGCGUGGAACAAAAAUUUCACCACCGCACACAUCGCCGAUAUUUUCAAAGGCGCCAAACUGCAAAAAAUUAUUACCGCGGGUCACAAUACGAUCCCGUUGUACGGACGCGGAAAAAGUUGGAAUCGAGUCGACAUCGACAGGCUACUGCAUCAGCUCAUUCUAGACGGAUAUUUGCAAGAGAAAAUGGUACCGAAUCGAGAAGAAAUCAUACUAUCGUACGUCAAACUCGGUCCUAAAGCCGACCAUUUGCUCGCUGGCAAAGUAAAGAUUUCUUUCCCGAUGAUGGAGUCGGCUGCGUCCAAGGCUAACGUUAGAGAGCAUCGUAUUGAAAAGAAAAUCGAUUCGCGGGCGGGCGACGAAUUGCACGAAAAAUGUUAUCAAGAGCUGAUGGAAGAGCUAAACCAAAUCGCCGAAAGUUCCAAUUCCAAAGCUAGCUCCCUCAUGACCGUAGAAGCCAUUCAGAUGAUGUCGAUCGAGCUACCUACGAACGAAGAAGAAAUGCUGCGGAUUGACGGCGUUACCAAGGCUAAUUUCGAUAAGUUUGGACAGUUCAUGUUGAAAAUAACUUCGGCGUACGCUUCGAAAAAACGAGAAAUCGAGCUAACGGUGGAACAACAGAAUAAUGACGAUGACUACUACGACGAAGACGACGACGACAGUCACGACCAAACGGAGGCUUUAACGUGGAACGAGGACGAAUUGAGUCCGUAUUUCGCUAGUUCGUCAUCCGGCUUCGGCGGCGGCGGCGGCGGCGGCUCUCAAGCUCGAAAAAAAACCAAAGCCGGCGCUUACGGUCGAAAAACGUACAAGAGAAAGUUUCGAAGACGUAAAAAAGCUUCGCCAAACAAACGGCGCAAGGCUGUCAAUUCGAAGAGCAGUCCCGCCAAACCGUUGGCUCAGAAUCGAGCUUUAGCCGCCAGACGCUUGGGAUUUUUGACGUCAGUUCCUAAACAGUACGCUCACUGCUCCGCCGGGUCCGCAUCGUCGUCCAAAAAAUAAGCGCCCAACGCCCAGCGGCAGCGCUGCUGCGAUUAUCUUUUAACACGUACAAAUAAUUAUGUAUUUAGUUAUCCGCGUACCUACUUUUUUUAAAUAAAAACUACUCGUUUCGUACCUAAUCUAAGAUGCUCGUUACGCGUUCGAUGUUCUCUGUUUCUCCCCGACAGCGUGAGCGUAAUCGUGAUCGUGAGCGUGAGCGUGAGCGUGCCUACUGGUGUAGGUACUAUUACGAAUUACGAUUACGCAUUACGAAAUACGAAUACUCGGGUGUACUAGUCGGUGGCCACCGGCCGGGCCAUCGCCAUAAGACUGUACAGUACUUUUAACGGGGUGCGCAAUCGAACCGAACUGAACCGAUAUUUUUUGAUACGAAUAAUUUGCGGGAAUGAUUUAAUCAUUUCGACGGAUGAGAAUUUUAAUUUUUCGCGACAGUAGGGCUAAAUUGAAUUUUAAAUUUCGACCUCGGGACGUUGCGGGCUCCGGCUCCGGCACCGGCACCGGAUCUUUUGCGCACCCUAGACGUGUAGUACCGUAUGUAUUUGUAUAUCUCAUAUUAGAUAUGUAUUAUGUAAGUAUUUUAUGUUCGUACUAUGUACGUGUGUGUGUGUAGUUAAUUUGUAUCGUGUAUCGUGUAUCGUAUAUUUGUUGUCCUUUACUCCUACUCGAAUCAUGUGCCCACUUUCGUAGUCGUACAUGUUAAAAUUUUGUACAUAUAUUUGUCUGUGUAGCGGUACAGCUGUGUUCAAUUUGAAUUGUUUAGUAAAAAUUUGUGGAAACUA